AUGCUGAGUGCAGUGGAAGCCAUCCUCCUUUCUGUUGCAACUAGUGAAGCUAUGCUGGGAGUUUUAGGGAAUUCAUUUAUUGUAUUUGUAAACUGCAUGGACUGGGUCAGGAAUAAGAAGCUUCCUAAGGUUGGCUUCAUUCUCAUUGGCUUGGCAACUUCCAGGAUCUUUACCAUAUGGCUAAUAAUGUUAGAUGCAUAUGCAAAGGUUUUCUUUCUGAAUAUGGCUAUGUCUAGCAAUCUAAGGGAAUGCCUGAGUUACAUGUGGGUAAUUGUUAACCACCUGAGUGUCUGGUUUGCCACCAGCCUCAGUAUUUUCUAUUUCUUGAAGAUAGCAAAUUUUUCCCACUACAUAUUUCUCUGGUUGAAGAGAAGAAGUAAUAAAGUUUUUGUCUUUCUGUUGGGGUACUUAAUUAUAACAUGGCUGGCUUCUUUUCCACUAGCUAUAAAGUUGAUUGAAGAUGUUAAAAUCCAUCAUAGCAACACAUCCUGGCUGAUUCAACUGGAGAAUCGUGCGUUAUUUAUAAACUAUGCUUUUGCCAAUACGGGGGUCAUUUCCUUCUUUUUGAUCGCCCUGACUGCUUGUUUCCUGUUAAUCAUGUCCCUUUGGAGACACCACAGGCGGAUGCAAUCCAAUGUGUCAGAAUUCAGAGACCUCAACACAGAAGCGCAUGUGAAAGCCAUGAAAGUUUUAUUUUCAUUUAUCAUCCUCUUUAUCUUAUAUUUUGUGGGCGUUUUCAUAGAAACAUUAUGCUUGUUUCUCAAGGAAAACAAACUUCUAUUUAUUUUUGGUUUCACAAUGUCAUCCAUGUAUCCCUGUUGUCACUCCUAUAUUCUAAUUCUAACAAACAGCCAGCUGAAGCAAGCCUCUGUGAGAACACUGCAAGGGUUAAAGUACUGUGAGACUUAA